AUGAUAGAGGAAAAAAGAAAUGAUUUGGAUGAUCUCAUCAAAUGGAUGAAUUCAUUGAAUAAUGAGAAGGAAAUAACGUUGGUUGAUAUUUUUCCGGGUCGAACUAUUGCGGAGGCUUUAUAUAAAAUUGAUCCGUUAUUUUUUAAUGAUAAUUGGCUAAACACAAUAUCAUGUUACGAUCAAAUGACUAACUGGAGAUUGAAAGCAAAUAAUUUACGUAAAAUUUACCGUCGGCUUUGGGAAUAUUACACAGAUCAGUUGGGAGCUGAAAUGACACAAGAAUGGCAUAUUGACACAUCACAGAUAGCUGAAUGCGAUGAUUCAGAACUGCUAUGUCGAUUGUUGCAACUUGUCCUUGGAGUUGCUAUGUUUUGUGCAAACAGUGAAAAAUUUAUACGUCCUUUACUAGAUCAAAGCGAAUCUGUACGAUGGACGGCGAUGAAUGUUAUGAAUGAAAUCAAAAAAAUACUGCCAGAACGAUCAAAAGAAAAAAUGAAAACAUCUGAGACAUCAACCCCUGAACCGGUGGAAUCGAAGGAACAAGUGGUGGAUUUGAAGAGUAAGGUUGAAAGCUUGGAGCAAGAAUGCGCACAUCUGAACGAAAAGUUAAAAGAAGCAUGCACUGAAAAGGAGGCACUUUCUAGCGAUAAUGAGAGUUUGCGUCUACGCGUUGAUGAAUUAAGCGAAGGAUCUAUUGAAAUAGAGUCGUUGCGGAAACAAAUUCGGUCAUUGCGUUCCGUUCGUGAAAGCACACAGGAUGCGCUUUACAAGAUUGAAGCUGAACGAGACCAUUUAAAAAAUGUUAAUCUUCAGUUACUAGAUGAAAAUACAGAAUUGCGGGCCAAGAUCCAAGAUAUGGCGCCAUUAGAGGAGGAAUUUAAGCGGUUGAAGGAUGAACUCGAGGAGCAUCGACUUAUUGCUCAAAACUGUAAAACGCUUGAGUCGCAGAUCACUACUUACAAAGCUAAACUGAGAGGGUAUAAGGCACAAAAGAUUGAAAUGAAAGUACUGGAAGAUAAAGUGGCCACAUACAUGGAAAGUAUCAUAGCUCUGGAGGAUGAGCAGCGUAAGAAUGUUGCGCUUAAAACUCAAAUUGAAUCUCUGGAAUUGGAAAAUUCGGAGUUGGGAGCAAAAUUGAACGAUGAAAUUAGACGAUCUGAUAAGGCUGAAUUUGAUUGCAAACAACUGAAUGAACGAAUUGAUGAGAUUGAAAAGGAAAAAGAGCAUCUUCGACAAGAACGACGUGAAUUAAGUGAACAACUGCUUUUGCGUGAUAAUAGCAACGGUGCUCCAUCAUUAUACGAUGAAACAACUAACGCAAAUUCAGCCGCUAUUUUGAGAGAACGAGUCAUUCGAUUGCAAGCAGAAAACGAGUGUUUGUUAGCUGGAAAUAUGGCGGACGACGAAAAGUUGGGUUUAAAGGAAGAACUUAAUUCGCUAACUGUUCAGAAGAGAAAUUUGGAAACAGAACUUAAAUUGGCACAUAACAAAUCAGAUGACUUGAGAAAACGAUUGAAAGAACUGAAUGCCAUAAUUGAAUCUGGUAACUUUGUGAACAGUGAUCGGUUAACAGAGGAGCAGACAGCAAGGGAACGAAUGAUUAUUCAAAUAGCACAGCUUGAAGCAAGACUCGAACAAGCAACUCGUGAUCUGGAACAGCAGACCGCUGAAAAGAAAGCAUUAAAUGAAGAGCUAACGUUGUCAAAACAACAAGUAAAGAAUGAAAAAGACAGGUUGACACAUUAUAUGGAAAAAGCACGCCGUAUGAUUGAAGAUUUGGAGGAGCAGAAUCGAGCUGUUGAAGGUGGUGCACUGAGUAGGCAUGAAUUUGAUUCAAUUCGUCGUGAAAGGGAUACAUACAAACAAAAUAUUGAAGCAUUGAAAGAAAGUCAUGAACGUAGCCGUACAAUGCAAGAAGAGGAACAGCGAUUGUUUACAACUCAUGCCUAUUACAUGAUGAUGCAAUUGCAGCAACAAAAUUCUUCAUUUAAGGAACAUUCCGAUGAAAAAAGCUUCUUAACACGACAACGACAAUGUAGUAACUUCAAUAUUAUGAGGUGA